UUACAGCAAGGUGUCCCUGAACAGAGGUUCGUGGCAAAGAGAGUGGAACCAUCUUUAUCAGAGACAGAACUUCCGGCUCAAAAACACUGCAAAUUCAUAGGAUGAUACAGCAAGGAUAACGCCCAUUAGAACGGGUCAUGGGUCUCUUCAGCUGCUGCUUGGGGCCUCCAGACGACCAGCGACAACCGCCUGCCACCGUUCCGAAGCCUCCCCCGCCGACAGUCGGCGCUAAAUAUGUGGUCGAGGAAAAGCCAUUGCAGCCGGCUGCGACGGUCAGCGCUGUGGAAAGCAAGGCACUUGAUGACUCUCUGCUCCAUGAGCUGCAUACCGCUCUUCCGGGCGUGCCAGCCGAGGGUGCAGAGGCUCGCUUUGCGCAUGUAGCUGCGCAAGUGGCCGGGCAUUUGCACGCAGACGUUGCGAGGCUCUAUGGCUGGGCGGCCGACGACGUGGACGCGGGAAUUGCGGGUAAUCUGGUGCUGCUGGCGGUGGAUUGGGCGCAGCGGCCAACAACGAGCCUUGUGGAGUCCUGCGACCUGCCCGGUCAUCGCAUCAGCGUGCUCAUACCGCCCGCCGCGGCAGCAGCAGACAUGCAGGGGCUGCUACACCAGGCCGUGUGCGCCAAGACCCCGGCGCUACGGCAGGUGCCCCCGACCACCGGCAUGGACGCCGAAGCGGACGCAGACGCCCUGCACCUGCUCCCCGCCGACGUCGCAGCGGACCGGGCUGCUUACGGCUCCUCCCACUUUGCGGCGCUCCCCCUGCGCAGCGGCGACCGCCUGCUAGCCGUGCUGUGGAUAGCCGCCGGCGGUGCGGCCGCCGCCAAUGCGCCCGCGGUUGGCGGCGGCGGUGGUGGCGGCGCGGCGGCGGCGCUGCCGCUGUUGGCGGAUGUUGCCAGCAUGCGCAGCCUGUGCAACUCUGUGGCCAUGUGCCUGGCGGGCGCGGUGGACCCCGAAUACGCCGCCUGGCUCAGCGGCGCAAUGAGGCGGAUGGCGGCGGCUGCCACACUACAGUCGCUGGUGGGCGAGCUGUGUGAGGUGAUGACUCAGCACCUGCGCCGCCGCUUCUUCCUGGACGCGGUGGCGCACGCCGCGGUGGUGCCGGAGCCGCGGGCGGCGGUGGCGUUCAUGCUGGACCACAGGCCGCAGCCCAUGGGUGCUGCCGGCUGGGGCUCGGUGGGCCCCGGCGGCGCCGCGCGCUGGGGGGCUCUGGUGGGCAAGCCGGGAGGCGGCGGCGGCGGCCUCACAGCUAGCCUGGGACCCAUGGGGGCACCGGGGCUGGGGUCGCCUGCGGCGGGCGGCAUGGGGGCGUUUCUGACUGCGGGGAUGGGAGGAGGAGGAGCGGGGGGAGGCGGGAUGGGCGGCGGCAUGGCGGGUGGCGCUACGUCCAUGGCGGCACGGCUGGCUGGGUUUCAGAGCAAUGCCGGGGGCGCCGGCACCCCAGCAGCAGCAGCCGCCAUGGUGCUUCCCUCCCUCCGAGCAAAGGGCUUCCAGAUGUCACACACGCUGUUGCAGCGCAUGGUGGUGGCGGCGGCGGCGGCGGCGGCGGCCGCAGCCGCGGCAGGCGGCGGCGCGGGCGGCGGCGCCGAGGGCGGUGGCGGCGGCGGGGUACCAGGACCUGGCGGUGGCAUUGGUCCGGAUGGCGUGUACUCGGGCGUGGCGGUGGCGGACUGCGCGCGGCACGUGCAGGACGUGCACCAGCCCAGCCGGGACGUGUGUAUGCUGAUGGCGGGCGGCGUGCGCGGCGCGGACCUGACCACUGACGCCUCCGACUCCAACAUGUUCGCCAGCGAGAGGUCCACGGGGCGCAUCAGCAUGCAGUCCCUGGUGGUGCUAGGCCUGGACGUGGGGCACCCCAGCGGCACCGGCGGAGGCGCCACAGCAGGAACAGGGGCAGCAGCAGCAGCAGCAGCAUCAGCAGCAGCAGGCGGCGGCGGCGAGGGGCCCAACAGCCCCACAAGCGCCACCAGUGCAGGCGGCGGCACGGGCGGCACGGCUCCGUCCCCGCCUGGCUCCAUCCUAGCUCUGUACCUGGCCUUCCCCACCCGCCUGCCGCCGCUGCUGGUGACAAGCACACAUGCCAGCUGCCGGCAGCUGCUUUCCGUGAUGCUGGCCCGGCUGGUGCGGCGCAAGGUAGCCACCGAGCUGGCCGCCGAGUUCCACACCCUGUGCGCCGGAGUGCCCGGCUCCUACGCAGUCGUGCCCUCCGCACCGCCCGCCUCCGCAGCAGCAGCAGCAGGAGGCGGCCUCAGCCGCCAGCAGUCGCAGCUGGUGGGCGAUGGAACGCACGGCGGCCGCGGGGCGGCGGCGGCCGCCGCCGCCAAAGCGGGCGGUGGCGGCGCCGCUGCCGGGGUUGCGUUGGAGCCGAGUAUAGGGAGUGUGGGUCCCGGGGGCAGCAGGCGCCUGCCGCCGCUGGCUAGCGCAAACCUACUCGCCGCGUUCACGGAUGCGGGGUGUAAGCCGGCUGCGGGCGGUGGUGGCGGAGGGGACAAGUCGAUCGGCGUGCGGCCGGGCGUGCACGUGGUUUCGCCCGGGGACAAGAGCAUCGGCGCUCGGCCGCCUGUGGUGCCGGCGGGGGACAGGUCCAUAGGGGUGGUGCGGCCGGGGCAGCAGGGGGACAAGAGCAUUGGGCUGCGGCCGCUGCUGCAGGGGGCUGCUGCGGCGGCGGCUGCCAAUGGCGCGUCGGGGCGGGUGAUCCCGCUGGACGGCUCAGGCCGGCCGGGCGUGGUGGUCCCCGCCAUCAACGGCACAGCGGUGCUGUCGCUGAUGCAGGAGGCCACCGCCAGCACCACCACCGCCACCGACCCGGGCGGUGGCGCCGACACCGCCGCCAACGCCGUGGACGAGGCGGAUGUGAUGCUGAGCAGCGACCCGCGGGGCGAGGACGAGGAGGAGGAGGAGGGAGGGGAGGGAGCAGCGGCGGACCUGGAGGGCGGCGUGGGCGCGGGGGCGGUGGGGGCGGGCGCGGUGGGAGGAGGCGCAGGCGGAGAGGCGGGCGCGCCGGCGGCAGUGCUGGUGGUGAGCGAGGCGGAUGGCGCCAGCAGCAUGCGUAACCACAUGGGCCUGCUGGUGGAGUCGCUCAUGUCCACACUGCGUGUGUCGGCGGAUGACGCCUACGACGGCGCGCUGGCCUCGGCGCGGCGCGGCAGCCUGGACCUGGAGCUGGACGACCUGCGUCUGAGCGGCGUGCUGGGCGACGGCGGCAGCGGCGUGGUGCUGUGCGGCAUGCUGGGGACUGUGCCGGUGGCCGUCAAGAUCAUCCAGAUGCCCGAGGUGGACCAGCUGCUGCUGCUCACGCCGGGGGGGCAGGCGGGGGCGGCGGCAGCAGCCGCCAAGGCAGGAGCCGGAGCAGCGGCGGCGGGAGGAGGGCCAGGGGCGGGCGCAGCCGCCGGCAACGGCGCCGCGCUGGCGGCGCCUGCGGCAGCCGCCGCCGCCGCCGCCGCGCCCAAGCCGCCGGCGGCUAGCGGCGGCGAGGCGAAGAAGGCUGACGGCGGCGCGGCCUCCAGCUCCAAGCUGCACCAGGCGCAGCGGGACAUGCUGCGCAACGCCAUGGAGCUGGCGGUGAUGCGGAGCAUCAGCCACGUCAACAUUGUGCAGGUGUAUGCGGUGUACGACAACGUGGUGCUGGAGCGGCUGAAGCGCGAGGGCGGCGCCAUCGCCUAUGCCCUGCGGCGGCAGGGGCCGGCGGACAUGGUGCUCAGCGCGGCGGCGGCAGACAAGCCGGGCGCCUCCAAGCCCGUGUUUGUGGCGCUGUGCAUGGAGCUGUGCGACAGCGGCAGCCUGGCCUCCAAGCUGGAGGAGCGCAGCUUCCCACGCGUGCUGCAGGUGGCCCAGCCCGAGGUGGUGGACGCGGCGGCGGCGGGCGCCCGGUCCCGAGGCACCCGCGUGCUGGACAUGGUGGGCAUCUACCUCACGGUGCUGGAGGUGGCGUCCGCACUGAGGUACCUGCACACACGCCGACUGCUGCACAGAGACAUCAAGUCCGCCAACAUCCUUCUCAAGGCCAGCCCCACCGACCCGCGCGGCUGGACCUGCAAGCUGGCGGACUUUGGGUCGGCCAUCGUGCUGGACCAGUACCAGCCGCCGGAGGAGGUGGGGCCGGCCGGGCCCGAGCUGAUGAUGCCGGGUGGCGGCGGCGGCGGCGCUGUGGGGGUAAAGGAUGGCGAGGCGGCGGCGGCAGGAGGAGGUGGCGGCGGCGGCGGGCAGGGCUGCUGGUACACGGUGCAGGAGCAGUCGUGGGGCACCAUCACGCACAUGAGCCCCGAGAGCAUGGACAACAACUCGCGGGUGGACGCCUCCAGUGACAUAUUUGCGCUGGGGAUUGUGAUGUGGGAGAUCGCCAGCGGCCGCGGCUACCGGCCCUACAAGGAGCUGGCGCCGGAGCACAUCGGCGCCGCGGUGCGCAAGGGGCUGCGGCCGGCCUUCACGGCAGAGGUGCCGUCAGCAUACAGGGCUCUGGCUCAGGCGUGCUGGGCGCCCGAGCCGCACCGGCGCCCCACUGCGCAGUUCGUGGUGACUCAGAUCAAGAGCCAGCUGCGGGCGCUGCAGUCCGAGUCGCGGCAGCAGCAGCAGGCGGUGGGGGUGGGAGUGGGAGUGGGAGUGGGAGUGCCGCAGCAGCAUGUGCCGCAGCAGCAGCCGCGGGCGGCUUAGCAGCUCAGCAGCGGCGAGUGACGUGGCAUGUGACGUGACGUGACAUUACACAACACGGCAGGACAGGACGCGGAGGGUGCAGAAGGCGUGGAAGGAGGUGUGGGAAGGCAUCGGAGCAUGGCAUGACGCGGGCGAGGACACUGUGACUCGGGCGUUUGCUGGCUGGUGUCUGGCUUGCAUGGUUCAGAGAAAUGAAAGCUAGUGUGAAUGCAAAUGGUUCUGUUCCCGGAGGUUGCGGUGGGCGCACACACAGGUGGUGCUGCUGGGGCCGUAGCUUGAGUGCAACAGCGGCGGGCUGGCGGCUGCCGUUUGCUUUGCAGCAGGCGUGAGCAUCCUGUCGUGCUAGUCGUGCUGCCCUGCGCAUUGCUCUGCAGUGUUCACUGGCCAGGAGGGGGUUGCAUUGGAACAUUCUUCAAAUCAUGAUGUUGAGAGGACAUGGCUACUCUGGACUGGACUGGGGCGGGGGGUAUCUAGCUGCUGAGGUACGCUGCUUCCACAAGGGGCGAUGGCCGCCGUGCGCGUGGGCCGUCGGGGUUGACACAGCAGUGCGCCGGUUCCGGUUCCUAAUAUACGGUAGCUGAGCCAGGCACUGCGGCAGCAUUGUUGAGAUGGCAAACACGCAACUGACUAGGCCACGCAUGUGCAGAUCACAGAUGAAAUGCAUGAAGGCGAAUCCUU